AUGUGUCAAAACGUCCGCCACUAUGUCUGCGGCCACAUGCAGAAGCGCCGCACCACGUGCUACAAGACGGGCCACCGCCGCAGCGCCGGCGGCGGCCUCGCCCAGAUCAUCCUCGACUUCUUCUUCCCUCCCCCCGCCGUCACCUGCGACCGUAUGACGGGCGAGGUGCGCCCCGUAAAGGGUCCCUGUCCCGCCUGCGCACGCCUCCGCAAGCAGGCCCUCGCGUCCGACGGCGGCAAGCCGCUGCCCCAGCUGCCCGCCUCGGCCAAGAUGCGCGAGGCCUAUCUCGCCAAAAUGGCCCUCUACGACCAAGACCCGGUGUCGCCAAAGCUUAAGAAGGAGAGGAGUGGCAAGAGGAGGAAGGAGCGCAGCAGCGUCGACGGCGCGCAAAAGUCGGUCCUCAACAGGUGGGGAAUCGAGUAUCUGCUCAAGUCGCGCAACAGGGGUUCUGUAGACUCGGACCGGUCGUGGGUCAGCCCGGCCGCGCGGAGGAUUGAGAACGGCGAGAUUGAUAUAUGGACCCCGUGUCGGAACGACAAGGACGUAAUAACGUCGUGGAUAUAG